CGACCGUUUGUGAGCAUUGUUGACCUUUCAACAGAUAAGUCAGAAAUGAAAAAUUCAGAAUUGCAGAUAAGAAAACCGUAACGGACCAACUGGCCCACAUCACAGCAUAUUCCCCACAUAUUCCCACAUCUCAUUUUCAAAACGAAUAGUCAUCGUCAUUCGGUGAUUUAUCUACACACACAUAAAAGAGCCCGCGCAUUUAGACCGAGAGCGUAUUCGACUUCACACCCCGAGAGACCUCAUCAUGCCGAUAAUCGACAACGAACUAGUUGGUGAAGGCGUCGUUAACACCGACGGACUAUUCCAUCCGUCCCGUUACGUUCCUUCCGUAACCGGCGAGAACAUUGUGCAGAAAAUUCGAGAAAAUGUAGCCCUUCACGGCGACAUCACUUGGAUGACGGAUUUAACGACGGGAGAAUCGAUGACUUAUUCUCAACUGGCGGAUGCAAUUGAUCGAGUCUACAAUUCGCUUCGCCGAAGGGGAUUACAGCCUAAGGACGUCGUAGGACUUAUAGGAGCCAAUCACAUCGAAAUACCGAUUGUUUACUUUGCCGUGUGGAAAGCGUGCGGAAGUUGUUCCGCAAUGGACGUUGGUUUACUUGCCGAACAAAUUCGGAGUAGAAUGAUUGAAACAAAGUGCCCGUUCAUCAUGACGGAUGAACCGAGGGCCGACAAGGUUUUGCAAGCCGUCCAGGGCUUGAAUAUUCAGGUGUUUGUCUUUGGCCAGGCAGAAGGUUGCAUCCCGAUUACGCAACUAUUCGAACCCCAGCAAGAAAAAUUUGAACACGAUGAAUUCGAGUUCGACGUGCUUGCUCCGGCAUGGUUCACUUAUUCCAGCGGUACCACAGGCAUCCCUAAAGGCAUCGUGCACACGCACUACUCGCUGAGCCCCUAUUUGCGACCGCCCGAUGACAAGAAUAAGAAGAUGGAAUUGGCGGGGCAAACGUUUAUGUUCACCGGUUCAAUGAUGCACGGCUCUGGUUUGUUUUACUCCAUGAGAGCCACGGCCGAACACGCCACUGCCUUCACCUUCACUGUACCGACAUUGGAAGGCCUUCUUCAAGGAAUUGAUACGAUUAAACCUACACGGAUCAAUAUUUUCCCACAUGAAAUGGCUGGCAUUUGUCUUCACAAGGAAACGAAUAGAUAUGAUCUCAGCAGCGUUGAUACCAUCGUCUAUUGCGGGAGCUCAGCCUUGUCGACAUUUGAACGUCAAAUAUUUGAAAUUAUGCCGAAUCUCCAGAAACUUAUCAGCAUGUACGGCAUGUCGGAGACUAUGUUACUAACUCUGGAUAGGGCACCGAUAUCAGCUGUCAAGCUCGACAGAGAAGAAAUCAUUAAAAGUCACAAAAUCGGUUCCUCGGGUCAGAUUUUCCCCUUCGCCAAAAUUAGGAUUAUUGAUUCAAAUACCGGUGAAAAAUUAGGACCAGGCAGAAUCGGCGAAGUAGUUGCCAAUACGCCAUUUCUCAUGAAAGGAUAUCUCAAUCAGCCAACGGAAGUCAUUGAUGGAUGGUUCAACACCGGAGAUCAAGGCUAUUACGACACCGACGGUGACCUCUUUGUUAUCGGACGCUACAAGGAAAUGAUCAAAUAUCAAGCGAGAAAGGUAGCUCCGAGCAACAUUGAAACGCAAUUGAUGACUCAUCCAGCCGUAAAAGACGUGGCCGUGGUUGGAUUGCCUCACGAUAUCGACGGGGAACAUCCGCUGGCUUAUGUAGUCAUCAAAACUAAUCAAGAGGGUCGACCGCUUGCCAACCCACAGGAAUUAAUCGACUUUACAAACGACAAAGUUGUCGAUGACGAACGAUUGAGGGGAGGUGUCCGCUUCAUCGAGAGCAUUCCGCGCAACAAGUUGGGCAAAAUCCUGAGACACCACCUCGUCGCAAAGCUGCAAAGUGAAUUGAACGGCGCGAUUUAAAUUUCCCUAGAAGAAAAUGGAUACCAUAAAUAAAACUGUUCACAGUCAGCCAUUAAACAACAGUAUUCCCUGAUUUGCAAAUGCCGUGGUAAACAUUUUAUUAUAGCAAUCAGGAAGAGUUUGGAAAGAAAAAGCCCCGAAAUUGUGGUAGCAGCCAAAUGUAUACGAUCGACCGUGCGCCAGCAACAUUUUCUAAAUGAUUGAUCAACCACACGCGGCUGGAAAUAAAACAAUAGCAUAAAAUAUCUAAAACAAUUACGCAUG